AAAGCAUAUGCUUUGCAAAGUUCCCUCCAAUAUCCUCUUCUUCCCCAACGGAAUAUCCCCCUCGAAUUCUCCCACCUCUCUCUCUCUCUCUCUCUCUCUCUCUCUCUCUGUGUUAUAAACUCGGCCCCGAACACGCCGUCUUUCUUGCUCCCACACGCAGCACCAAUUCCAGCACACACGCAACAACAAGUGCAGCUUCGUUCGUUUGUUCGUUCGUUCGUAGCGAGGUGAAAGAUUCUGCUAGUUUGGUUUCUCGUGUCGUGAGGGUGGCGGCAAUGGCGAUCGGCGCGGACGGCCUGGAGGAGGCGCCGCCGCUGCUCCUUGACGGCGAGGAGGCCGCCUACUCGCGCCCACGCCGCGUCGCGCUCUUCGUCGAACCGUCGCCGUUCGCCUACAUCUCUGGGUACAAGAACCGGUUCCAGAACUUCAUCAAGCACCUGCGUGAAAUGGGCGACGAGGUCAUUGUUGUGACCAACCAUGAGGGGGUUCCCCAAGAGUUCCACGGUGCCAAGGUUAUUGGUUCAUGGAGCUUUCCAUGUCCACUGUAUGGAAAGGUUCCUCUGUCACUGGCACUCAGCCCUAGGAUCAUCUCAGAGGUUGCAAAAUUCAAGCCUGACAUCAUUCAUGCAUCCUCACCUGGAAUUAUGGUUUUUGGGGCCCUUGCUAUUGCUAAGCUGCUCAGCGUCCCCCUAGUGAUGUCCUACCACACCCAUGUCCCAGUAUACAUUCCGAGAUAUACAUUUAGCUGGCUUGUGGAACCGAUGUGGCAAAUCAUCAGGUUCCUUCACAGAGCUGCUGAUCUAACUUUGGUGCCAUCUGCUGCUAUCAGCAAGGAUUUUGAAACUGCCCAUGUCAUUUCUGCUAACCGGAUACGCCUUUGGAACAAAGGCGUCGAUUCUGCCAGCUUCCAUCCCAGGUUCCGCAGCCAUGAGAUGCGCGUGAGGCUAAGUGAUGGUGAGCCUGAAAAGCCGUUGAUAAUUCACGUCGGACGCUUUGGGCGGGAGAAGAAUCUGGAUUUUCUGAAAACAGUAAUGGAUCGGUUGCCUGGAGUACGAAUCGCAUUCAUAGGAGAUGGACCUUACAGGGCAGAGCUAGAGAAGAUGUUCGAGGGGAUGCCGGCGGUGUUCACCGGGAUGAUGCAAGGGGGGGAGCUCUCGCAGGCGUACGCGAGCGGCGAUGUCUUUGUGAUGCCCUCAGAGUCGGAGACGCUCGGCCAAGUAGUCCUCGAGUCCAUGUCGUCCGGGGUGCCCGUGGUGGCGGUCCGCGCCGGUGGGAUCCCCGACAUAAUCCCGGAGGACGUGGAGGGGAGGACCAGCUUCCUCUUCGCCCCGGGGGACCUCGACGACUGCGUCGGCAAGAUCAGGCUGCUGCUGGCGGACGACGAGUUCAGGGGCGACAUGGGGAGGACCGCCAGGGCGGCGAUGGAGAAGUGUGACUGGAGGGCCGCCUCCAAGACGAUCCGCAACGAGUUCUACAGCUCGGCAAUCGACUACUGGCGGAAGAAGCAGGCGGAGAUCGUUCAGCCGCUGCAAUGGCUGGCGCAAAUGUUCAUGCCGGCGCCGGACCGGGUCACCGGCGGCAUCAAGCAGUAGUGGUGCCUCUUAGCCAUGAUCUAGGCAGGUGGGGGGCUGGAAGAUGGAUGGACAAUUCCAUGCAUUCCUUGUAAAUUCUUGGUCUAUAGUGCAGUGUCAAUAGGCGAGAGGGAUAGUUUCUGUUUUUUAUCUGCGUGAAAUUGGGAUACUGUGAUUGGUUGUACUGUGUAAUAGUGGAAAUGUGAUGAGCUUUCUGGUGGUGAGCAUCAUCA